AUGAAAUACAAACCUCCGGAGGUCGAAGACGGCCAGGACACAGACGACGCGACCAGCACUACAUCCAAGCGCAAAAGAGGACCGGAGACCGGAGAGACGCCAACAAUGGAGCCGAAAAGUGCGGACGAAGCUGAUGCACAACCGCCGAGCAAGGCGGCCAAGUCUAGCGAGGCUCCUGCAUCAGAAGAUCAGGAUGACGACCUAGCGUUCCUUGAUGAUAAUGGAGUGUUUGAUGAGGAUCUGAGUGAAGUGGGAGAUGAUGAACUAUUUGGUGAGGGGGAGGAGGAGCAGGUGGAAGGUGGAGCUGAAGAGGGAGAGGAAGAGGGAGAGGAAGAGGGAGAGGAAGAGGGAGAGGAAGAGGAAGAGGAAGAGGGAGAGGAAGAGGGAGAGGAAGACGACAGAGGGUUGACAAGUAAAAAGGUGGCUCGAAACUCCCCGAGGGGAGAGAAGCUACAGAGGACGAUUGAGAAGUAUGGACGUGGUCCGCUUGAGGGGACUGCUAUCGAAAAUAAAGCACUCACGGGAUCGCCUGAUACGAUUCUCGCCAUGCUCUUCGAGGCCAUGCUGAAGUCUAAGCCUAUGUCCCACAAUCUCACGGAUCGGGCAAUUCACAAGCUCAUCGAUGUGGGCUACCAUGAUAUCCAUAAGUUAGGAGAUACGACAUGGGAAGAGCGAGCUAUGGUGCUUAAGGACGGGGGAUACAAUCGGUAUAGGGAGCAAGGCUCCACGAAUCUGGGGGCCUUGGUGGAGUUUGUGAAUGACAAGUAUGACGGCGAUCUCAACAAUCUCAUCAAGAAAGCCGACUAUGACCGCCAGAAAACAAAAGAGCUGGUCCACGAGGUCAGGGGCCUUGGAGAUCUGGGUGUGGAGCUCUUCUUCAACAAUGUGCAGAGCGUCUGGCCCUCAAUCGCUCCGUUUGUCGACUCUCGCAGCCUUCAGACAGCGAAGAAAGCUGGGUUUGGGACAGAUGUGGAUGCCAUCUAUGCUGAUUUGGAGAAGGACUCGGUCAAGAUGUGUAAAUUAGCGAAUGCUCUCUCAGCUGCAAGACUGGACAGAAGAGUGGGAGACCUUGUGGCGAUCUGA